UGGGGGGGGGGGGGGGGGGGUCCAUCUAGGAGUGACCAGCAUGGACCCCCAAGCGAAGAGCCGCACCGGACCCGCGGCGAUGGCGGCCGGAGGGAGCUACGGCGGCCGCCCGGUCUCUCUCGGAGUAGACGGGGGCGACUCGGAGUCCGGAGCGGGCUCAGAGGAGGCUGCCAUGGGCUGCAGCGACACGUUCAGCAGCCUACCGGACAUGGAGCAGGAAUCUCUGGAGGACAAAUUACGCGGACUGGCGUUCAGAAAGCAGACCUCGUAUCGGAAAGCCAUCUCUAGAUCAGGCCUCCAUUACCUCGGCCCACCUCAGCCAACGUUCCCCCCAGCCUCCAACGGACCAAACAAGGAGCUCCGUACCUGUGUGGACUGGACGGAGAACGCAGUGAACGGAGAUCACUUGUGGACAGAGACGAGUUGUUCAGGAGAUCUCUGUUAUCUUGGGGAGGACGCUUGUCUCCUAAAGACCACAAAGUCGGCCCCCAGGAGGAAAUGUGCCGCUUGUAAGAUCGUUGUUCACACCAGCUGCAUAGAGCAGCUAGAAAAGAUUAACUUCAGAUGUAAGCCGACCUUCAGGGAAGGAGGAUCCCGAUGCCUCCGAGAUAACGUAUUGAGACACCAUUGGGUCCACAGGCGGCGGCAGGAGGGCAAAUGUAAACAGUGUGGGAAGAGUUUUCAGCAGAAGUUCUUCCACAGUAAAGAAAUCAUCGCCAUCAGUUGUUCUUGGUGUAAACAGGCUUUCCACAAUAAGGUGACGUGUUUCAUGCUGCACCAGAUUGAGGAGCCCUGUUCGCUGGGAGCCCACGCUGGAGUCAUCGUGCCUCCCUCCUGGAUCAUCAAAGUCAGGAAACCACAGAGCUCCCUGAAGAACUCGGCCAGGAGGAAAAAACGGACGUCUUUCAAACGAAGGGCGAGCAAGAAAGGACUGGAUGUGAGUGAGGAGAAGCUCCUGUCCAUUCACCGGCUGUUAAAUGCACCAGCAGAGAGAGAGGACUCAAAAUGGCGUCCGUUCAUCCUGAAACCCCUCCCUUCUCCUCUCAUGAAACCCGUCUUGGUUUUUGUAAAUCCAAAGAGCGGAGGAAACCAGGGUGCCAAGCUGUUACAGAUGUUCAUGUGGAUCCUAAACCCCAGGCAGGUGUUCGACCUGUCCCAAGGUGGACUUCGAGAGGCGUUGGAACUGUAUCGCAAAGUGCCAAACCUGAGGAUCCUGGCCUGCGGUGGAGACGGCACAGUGGGAUGGAUUCUCUCUGCUCUCGAUGAGCUGCAGAUGAAUCCUCAACCUCCGGUCGCUGUGCUUCCUCUGGGAACAGGAAAUGACCUCGCCAGAACGCUCAACUGGGGUGGGGGUUACACAGAUGAACCCGUGUCGAAGGUGUUGUGUCAUGUGGAGGACGGCUCAGUGGUGCAGCUCGAUAGGUGGAACCUGCUGGUGGAGAAAACAUCCGUCCAGCCUGAAGAAGGCACCCAGAAGCUUCCUCUGAAUGUUUUCAACAACUACUUCAGCCUGGGCUUCGACGCUCACGUCACCCUGGAGUUCCACGAGUCCAGAGAGGCCAACCCGGAGAAGUUCAACAGUCGCUUCCGCAACAAGAUGUUCUAUGCCGGCGCUGCGUUCUCAGAUUUCCUCCAGAGAAGCUCCAGGGACUUGUCCAAGCACGUCAGAGUGGUGUGUGACGGAACGGACCUGACCCCAAAGAUCCAGGAGCUGAAGUUUCAGUGCAUCGUGUUCUUAAACAUUCCCAGGUACUGUGCUGGCACCAUGCCGUGGGGAAACACCGGUGACCAUCGAGACUUUGAACCACAGCGCCAUGAUGACGGCUGCAUUGAGGUUAUCGGAUUUACGAUGGCGUCACUGGCGGCGCUACAGGUUGGCGGUCAUGGUGAGCGGCUUCACCAGUGCAGAGAAGUCAUCCUCACCACCUACAAGACUGUCCCUGUUCAGGUUGACGGUGAGCCGUGCAGACUGGCUCCAUCCACUCUGCGCAUCUCUCUGCGAAACCAGGCCAACAUGGUCCAGAAGAGCAAGAGACGCACCUCUGUGCCCCUACUCAACGAUAUUCAGAAGGUGUGUGCAGCUGAUCUGCGCCGCCUCUCUGCUCCCCCCGACUCCUUCUCUGUUCCUCACGCGGUUCCAGAUCGUUUGCGUCUCCGAGUCAAUCGGAUCAGCCUGCAGGAAUACGACCGGCUGCAGUACGACAAGGAGCGGCUGCGAGACAUCUCUAUCCCAGUUGGCAUUGUGGUUGUUAGGGGCGACUGUGACCUGGAGACCUGCAGACUUUACAUCGACAGAUUGCAAGAGGAUUUACACCAGGCGCCAUCUACUGGCCACAGAGUGCACUACCAGGAUGAAAACAGAAGUGUCUCAUUAACAGGUUCAACCAGUAGACUGUCUCCUAACUGGAGCUUCCUGGAUUCGACAUCAGCUGACCGCUUCUAUCGAAUAGACAAGGCUCAGGAGCAUCUUCACUUUGUGACAGAAAUAUGUCAGGAUGAGGUCUUCAUCCUGGACCACGAGGGUCCGUUAGUGAGCCAGGGGUCAUCAGCUGGGAUGCCUGAUCUGGUGGUGGAGCCUGCUACUGGAGCUCCCCUGACAUCUGAAGAACAAGCUCUUCUCACUGCUGCCUCUACUGGGGAUCUUUUACUGCUGACUGAUAGCGUACGUCGAGGAGUCAGUUUGUUAGUAAGAGACUCUAGAGGUUGCUCCGCGCUGCAUCUUGCAGCCCAGAAGGGCCACAGAGAUCUGGUCAGCUUCAUACUGCAACAAGGGUCAAAAGUUCUCCUGGAUUUAACAGACAGAGACAAGGGGGAAACCGCCUUGCACAAAGCAGCCUCAGAGAAGCAGCAUGCAGUGUGUCGGAUGUUGGUGGAGGCAGGUGCAUCGCUGGAGAAGACAAACUUCCAGGGGAAGACGGCAGUAGACCAAGCAGCCGGAGACUCUGAGCUCGUAACCUUCCUCAUCUCCAAACGGCAGACUGCAACUGGCACCAAUGAGGACUUAGAGACUGCUGUCUGAGGCAUAAACACGCUCAUUUGCUCGAGCUUCGGACUCUGGACUCUGCACAGCCCUCCAGCCUGAGAGUAGCUGAGGGAAGUAUCAAACCCGUGCUGGAUUUAGGUCUGCGGCGCAGAGACGGACCAGGAAAGGCACUCCCCCUGUACGCAGCGCCGCUGCAGCAGAGAUUUUCAUGCUCAACUAUUUAUUUAUAUUUAUUUAUUCUAUUUAUUGGUUGUACUGGUUGGCUGACUUUUAACAAUUGCAAUUUGUCUUGUAAUGGAGUAGUUUUGGUCAUAUUUUACAACUAUAUUAAGUCUGGAAGAUGGUCAGAGUUGAGAUCAAAGCAGUAUAUUUAUCCCAUAAAAACCUGUGUGCCAAAGACGUUACACUGCUGUGGUGUCAUAUCUACUCCAAAUAUACCACCGGCUCAGGCGUCCUGCGUUGAUUUUCAUAGGUGUUUAGUUAUUAAACCUUCAGUCACAUGUC